AUGUUGGUAAACGAGGCCAAAAAGUUCAGCUUACCUGUGCAGAUUUCACACGUAUCGUUUGCCAGGCGGAACGUAGCCGAAUUUCAAAUUGCACACUGUUCACGGGACGGGCGCUUCACUCCGAUGUCGAUGUCCAACGAUCCGAUGGCUAACGAUGAAACGACCGGUUCCUCGAUGGGUGGCACUUCGUGGCCGUACUGUUCGCCGGACGAAAGCUCACUGAUACCCGGUGCUGACGACGAUUCGUUCCCGUAUCAGAGUCAAGUACAGAAAGCCAUUCAACAGUUGUUGCAGCAGAAGCAGCAGGAAAAGCAGCAGGCACAGGUGGCAGCGGCCGUAGCUGCAGCUCAGCAGCAGCUUCAGGCCGCCCAGGCUAUGAAACACCAACAAGCACAGCAGCAACAUCAGCACAUGGUUCAGUUUUCGUCAGCCGCAGCGACCGCCGCAAUUGUUUCGCACACGCAAACAACUGCCACAAUGAAGGAUAGCCGCAUGAUGUCCCCUCAUGAACAAGCAGCCGUGAUUGCGCAUGCCGCACAGGCUGCCGCGGCGAAUCACCAUAAACAAAUCGAGGAGUUGAAUCGUGCAGCAAUGAUUCAACGGUUUCAAGCAGCGAAUGCUGCCGCGGCCAAUGCCGCAGCUGCAGCAAAUGUCAGACCAGGAGUGCAACUUGGAAUGGUCCCGGUAUCUCUUGGAGGUCCCGUUCCGUUAAUGUCUCCCAUGAUGCGUCAGGGAUUAGCUCUUGCACCACCGGGAACUGCUGCGCUAUUAGGAGGAAACAUGUUACGUCCUGGUCCUCCUCAAAUGGGUAUUGGUCCAGGUGGCUUAAUUACGCAAAUCCAAACCAUGCCAGGAAUGGGCGUAGUAUUCCCUGGAGCCCCGAUGCUUCCGAUGAUGCCGCCGCGGUACCGGUGA